CACACUUUAUUUCCCAUUGUUUUGGGAAGGUCUGUUUCGCAAGUGUAAUCUUUAUUACCUUAUCUAAUCAAAUAAUGGUCUUUUGAUCAUGAAUAAAUCUUGUAGAUAUACAAGUGUUACUAGAUAAUGUAUUAGGUAGUCAAUUCAUCAAAGCGUAACGUCGCGGUUAAUUUAUUGUUUUAAGUUGGAAUCUCGACAAAUGUGAUUUUGUGUCGCUAUGGAGGAUUAUAAGUUUCUCUUUAAAGUGGUGCUAGUUGGUAAUGCUGGUGUGGGGAAGACGUGCCUGGUGCGAAGGUUCACUCAAGGUCUAUUUCCUCCCGGGCAAGGAGCUACGAUCGGAGUGGAUUUCAUGAUAAAAACAGUCGAAGUUGACGGCGAGAAAGUGAAGCUACAAAUAUGGGACACAGCAGGGCAGGAGCGCUUCCGCUCCAUCACACAGAGCUACUACCGCUCCGCGCAUGCACUCAUACUCGUAUAUGACAUAUCUUGCCAGCCCACCUUCGACUGUUUACCAGACUGGCUGCGGGAAAUAGAAGAAUAUGCCAGUAAUAAGGUGCUGAGGAUAUUAGUAGGUAACAAAACGGACCGCGAAGACCGCGAGAUCCCGCGGCAUAUCGGCGAAGAUUUCGCGCAGCGGCACGGAAUGUACUUCCUGGAGACCUCGGCUAAGGAGGCCGACAAUGUGGAGCGGCUGUUCAUGGAGAUAGCUGUGGAACUUAUGGAGCAAGCGAAGUGCAAGGAGCUACCGAAGUACGACGGCAGCCUGGGGCCCAUCAACGGUAAGACGACGUCCGUUGGCGACAUCUCCUGCUGCUCGCGAUCCUAAACUACACCUUAUCACCUUGCAAUAAGAGUUACAUAUGAUCAGUUAGUUUUGUU